AUGGAUCUGGUUGUGGUCCUGGUGCUCUGUCUCUCCUGUCUGCUUCUCCUCUCACUCUGGAAACAGAGCUCUGGGAAAGGGAAGCUCCCACCUGGCCCCGCUCCUCUCCCAAUUCUUGAAAAUAUCCUACAAUUAGAUGUUAGGAACAUUGGCAAAUCCUUAAGCAGUUUAAGUAGGUUUUAUCUCUCAAAAGCCUGUGGCCCUGUGUUCACUCUGUAUUUUGGCAUGAAGCCCACAGUGGUGUUGUGUGAACAUGAAGCAGUGAAGAAAGCUCUGACUGAUCUGGGAGAGAAGUUUUCUGGAAGAGGCAGUUACCCAGCACUUCAAAGAAUUAGUAAAGGACUUGGAAUCAUUUUCAGCAAUGGAAAGAGAUGGAAGGAGACCCAGAGCUUCACCUUCAUGACCCUGAGGAGUUUGGGGAUGGAGAAGAAGAGCAUUGAGGACCACGUUCAAGAGGAAGCCUGCUGCCUUGUGGAGGAGUUGACAAAAAUCAAUGCUAAGGUCCAAGAAGUGAUUGACCACAUGAUUGGCAGACAAUGGAGUCCCUGCAUGCAUGUCAGGAUCUGCAUCCGUGCGUGGUCCACGAGAUCCAGAGAUACAUUGACUUCCUCCCCAACAACGUACCUCAUGCGGUGA